CGUGUCUGAAUCCGGAGUAGGCGGGCGGAGGGUUAUUGGGUCAUACAUGUUCCUGGUGUGCGGAGCGUUUCCUGCACUGGUGCAUGGUGGUCGAACAGGAGGAAUUGUUGGAAAUUUUCAGAGCAGCUGAAGCAUGCUCUUGGCCCAGAUCAACCGGGACUCGCAGGGAAUGGCAGAGUUUCACGAUGCAGACGGGCAGCCGGUCACUCUCUGUCUGACAGAGGCCGUGACUGUGGCAGAUGGAGAUCAGAUGGAGAGCAUGGACACAGUGAGCCUGCAGGCCGUUACUCUUGCAGAUGGAUCCACCGCGUACAUCCAACACGACUCCAAAGCUUCAUUCUCAGACGGACAGAUCAUGGACGGUCAGGUGAUCCAGCUGGAGGACGGCUCUGCUGCCUACGUCCAACAUGUGUCCAUGCCCAAAGGAGGAGGAGACAGUUUACAGCUUGAAGACGGACAAGCAGUUCAGCUAGAAGAUGGAACAACAGCCUUCAUUCACACUCCCAAAGAUACGUACGACCAGAGUGGCCUGCAGGAGGUGCAGCUGGAGGACGGCAGCACUGCCUACAUCCAGCACACGGUGCACAUGCCCCAGUCCAACACCAUCCUGGCCAUCCAGGCCGACGGCACCAUCGCAGACCUGCAGGCCGAGGCCACAGCCAUCGACCCCGAGACCAUCAGCGUGCUGGAACAGUACACCACCAAGGUGGAGAAUAUAGAAAACCCUCUGGGGUCCUUCGGCAGAGUGGAAGCAGACAACGGCGUCCACAUGCGGAUUGUGUUACAGGGUCAAGACAACAGGCCGGGCAGAGGCUCAAACGUAGGAGAGAAGUCUUUCCGCUGUGAAUAUGAAGGCUGUGGAAAACUCUACACCACUGCCCACCAUCUGAAGGUACACGAACGCUCCCACACUGGAGACAAACCGUACGUCUGUGACUAUCCCGGCUGUGUGAAAAAGUUUGCAACAGGGUACGGACUGAAGAGUCACUCACGAACACACACGGGGGAGAAGCCGUACAGAUGUCAAGAGCUGAACUGCUGCAAGUCCUUCAAAACCUCCGGAGACCUUCAGAAGCACACGAGGACUCACACAGGAGAGAAGCCCUUUAAAUGCCCAGUUGAAGGCUGCGGCAGGUCGUUUACCACCUCCAACAUCCGCAAAGUUCACAUCCGAACACACACCGGGGAGCGGCCGUACUACUGCUCUGAGCCAAGCUGUGGACGGUCCUUCGCCAGCGCCACCAACUAUAAGAACCAUAUGAGGAUACACACUGGAGAGAAACCGUACGUGUGCACAGUGCCUGGCUGUGAAAAGCGCUUCACAGAGUACUCCAGCCUUUACAAACACCAUGUGGUUCAUACGCCCUGCAAACCUUACAACUGCAACCACUGUGGGAAAACCUACAAGCAGAUCUCAACGCUUGCCAUGCACAAACGCACAGCGCACAACGACACAGAGCCCAUCGAGGAGGAGCAGGAGGCCUACUUCGAACCCCCAACAGGUCGAUGGAGACAUAAUGAUACAGAGAUAAAAUCUGUCUCUGUUAGAGAUGCCAUCGACGACCCAAACGUCAGCUACACGGCAGCGGUGGUCGAGGCAGAAGACUCGGGCUCAGAGCAGGUUCCUGUGGAGAGCUCAGACAUGAUUGGUCAGCAGCACGUUGCCUUGGUAACGCAGGAGGACGGAACACAGCAGCAGGUCAGUAUCUCUGAAGCAGACUUACAAGCUAUGGGUGGCACUAUCACCAUGGUAACCCAAGAAGGAACAACCAUAACCAUCCCCGCCCACGAACUGGCAACGCAAGGUGCUCACUCGGUUACCAUGGUAACAACAGACGGCUCAGAUGAACAGGUGGCCAUCAUGGCGCCCGACAUGGCCACGUUCCAAACCGUGGAGGAGGCCGGCUACAGCCAGGAGCAGGACAGCAUUCAUCCUGUCACGUUACUGGCCACCUCCAACGGCACUCACAUCGCUGUGCAGCUCAGCGACCAGCCGUCGUUGGAGGAAGCCAUCAGAAUAGCAUCACGAAUACAACAGGGAGAGUCCCCAGGUCUGGAUGAUUGAUGCAUUAAUUAUGGACAAUGAUUUAGCUUCAGAACAUCUCGUUUGGACUUUAUCAUCGACAGAAAUCACGAGUCUUCCUCCAUCUUUACUUUUUUUUUUUUCCACAAAAGAAGAAGUGAGCUUUUAUGUGUACAUAGGAUUUUGAUAACUGGAGCUCUGCUUUGCUAUUUUAUCCCUCGACCCUGAGACGGGAGGGGGGGGGUGCUUUCUAAUGUUUAUGGUGCACAGUGCACAGUGCAGUGUACAGCUAAUGCUAUUUCUAAUAAAAAAAACAAGUGUGUGAUUAACUGA